AACAGUCGUUUGCUGCACCUUGUGAGGAACUCUCAGUACUACGACUCCCACAAACCCUUGCUGGCGUUCGCUCGUGUCGAGCGAUAUGGCGUCUUCUUGAAGCGUACAUAAAUCGCAACGAAGUGUUUUGUGGACAAAUUAUUAAGAUGGCAGCCGACUCCACAGAUAAGAAGGAUGCUGAAUCCUCAGGGUCCAAAGACAGAGAGAGGAAACGCAGCCGUUCACGAGAACGUAAACUCUCGCCUACACGCAAGCGCAAUCGUUCUCGUGAACGAAAUCGCUCCAAGUCUGCAGAAAGAGACCGACGCAUGAAAGACAAGGAUAGAGACAAGGAGCGUGACAGAGAUAAGGACAGAGAGAGGGGCCGUAAGGACAGAGAAGGUCAUCGACGUGAUAAAGAUCGCAGUAAGAGAUCCAGAAGUCUCUCACCCAAGUCAAAGGAUGCCAAAUCAAAGAGAGAGAGGGAUAUAAAAACAGAAGAGGAAGAAGAUGAAAAAAAGAAAAAAGAAAAGGUCCAACCUUUAUCUUUGGAAGAGCUUCUCGCCAAGAAGAAGGCAGAAGAGGAAGCAGAGGCAAAGCCCAAGUUCCUCUCCAAGACAGAGCGAGAAGCAGAGGCUCUAAAACGGAGGGAGCAACAGACGGAGGAAAGGAGGAGAUUAUUGGAAGAUGAGAGGAAGAAGAGAAGGAUGUUCCAGGACAUGGGGAGAAAAAUGAUGGAGGACCCCCAGGAAAGAGAGAGACGAGAGCGAAGAGAGCGAAUGGAGAGAGAAAACAACGGGAAUGAAGACGAUGAUGGAAGACAAAAGCUCAGAGAGGAGAAAGAUAAAAGCAAAGAACUCCACGCCAUCAAGGAGCGUUACCUGGGUGGGCUCAAGAAACGCCGGAGAACUCGUCACCUGAACGACAGGAAAUUUGUGUUCGAGUGGGACGCUUCUGAAGACACCUCAGUCGAUUACAACCCAAUUUACAAAGAAAAGCACCACGUGCAGCUGUACGGACGAGGCUUCAUCGCGGGCAUCGACUUGAAGCAGCAGAAAAGAGACCAGUCACAUUUCUAUGGUGACCUAAUGGAGAGAAGGCGCACGCUGGAAGAGAAGGAGCAGGAAGAGACAAGACUGAAGAAGAUGCGUAAGAAGGAAGCGAAGCAGCGCUGGGACGACAGACAUUGGUCUCAGAAGAAGCUGGAUGAGAUGACGGACAGAGACUGGCGAAUCUUUAGAGAGGACUACAGCAUCACCACCAAGGGAGGAAAGAUCCCGAACCCCAUCAGGAACUGGAAGGAGUAUUCAAUGCCCGAUCACAUCCUGGAGGUCAUCGAAAAGUGUGGUUACAAGGAUCCGACACCUAUUCAGAGGCAAGCCAUUCCUAUUGGUUUACAGAACCGUGACAUCAUUGGUGUGGCCGAAACAGGUAGCGGUAAAACAGCUGCUUUCCUGAUUCCACUGCUUGUCUGGAUCACCACCCUGCCAAAGAUUGACAGGAUUGAAGACUCAGACCAGGGUCCUUAUGCUGUGAUCCUGGCUCCGACUCGUGAGUUGGCGCAGCAGAUUGAAGAGGAGACCAUAAAGUUUGGUAAACCGCUUGGCAUCCGCACAGUGGCUGUGAUUGGAGGAAUCUCCAGAGAGGACCAGGGCUUCCGUCUCAGAAUGGGCUGUGAGAUUGUGAUCGCCACCCCCGGCCGACUGAUCGAUGUGCUGGAGAACCGGUACCUGGUUCUGGGCCGCUGCACCUAUGUGGUCCUCGAUGAGGCAGAUCGUAUGAUUGACAUGGGCUUCGAGCCCGACGUCCAGAAGAUUCUGGAGUACAUCCCAGUGACCAAUCAGAAACCAGACACCGACGAAGCAGAGGACCCUGAGAAAAUGAUGCUGAACUUUGAAUCUGGAAAACAUAAAUACAGACAAACGGUCAUGUUCACAGCCACUAUGCCUGCAGCUGUAGAGAGACUGGCCAGGAGCUACUUGAGACGUCCUGCUGUGGUGUACAUUGGCUCUGCUGGCAAACCUCACGAGAGAGUCGAACAGAAGGUGUUGCUAAUGUCAGAGGGAGAGAAGAGGAAGAAGCUGCUGGAGGUGUUGUCGCGUGGCUUCGAGCCUCCCAUCAUCAUCUUCGUCAACCAGAAGAAGGGUUGUGACGUGCUGGCUAAGUCUCUGGAGAAGAUGGGGUACAAUGCUUGCACGCUGCACGGUGGCAAAGGCCAGGAGCAGAGAGAGUUUGCGCUCUCCAACCUCAAGGCAGGAGCCAAAGAUAUCCUGGUGGCCACCGACGUUGCUGGUCGAGGUAUCGAUAUCCAUGACGUCUCCAUGGUCCUCAACUAUGACAUGGCUAAGAACAUUGAAGAUUACAUCCAUCGUAUAGGUCGUACGGGUCGUGCCGGUAAGAGUGGUAUGGCUUUGACUUUCCUUACCAAAGAGGACUCUGCAGUUUUCUACGACCUGAAGCAGGCCAUCCUGGAAAGCCCGGUCUCCACCUGUCCUCCAGAGCUGACCAACCACCCGGAAGCUCAGCACAAACCCGGAACCAUCCUGACCAAGAAGAGACGCGAGGAGACCAUCUUUGCCUGAUUUAUCAAGGAUGUUUCCAUACGAGAAUCGGACUUUAUACGCCGAACACACACUCAUCAGCGUCUCGUGUUUCAUCAUGUUGUUUCUGCACAGAAUUUCUCUUGUUUUACAUUCAGGAUUUGGUCACAAGGUCCUUUUUUUCUUUUGGUCUGUUUUUGUCUUUUUCAGCCAGGCAGUUGUCUUUCACUGGUGCAAAAAUCAUCACCACACUGGUUUGGGGAUUUUAAACUCAAACAUGGGCAGUUUGUCAUCGAUGUGCGUGAAUUUGAAUAUUUCUACUCAUUCAAAGAUGUGUAAAUGUGAAGUCCGUGGUCCUUGUUUUGUUUUUCUUCUAUAACCAAGAUGUGAUAAUGUAACUGAUCUUGCUCUUCAGUUAUCAAAUGUAAGAAAUACCAACCAGGAUGUGAGUGUAGAUGAGUAGUAAGUGCUAUCCUUUAUUACUUCUCUGUUAACCAUAAUUAGAGUUUCCUGACUGUUUAAGAGACCAAUGCCAGAAGUCCCAGCCAUUUUCUUCAAAUGCAUUCUGCAUUUCAUUGUUUUUAAAUAGAAACCUUUGUACGUAGUGAAUACAGCAAAUUUGAGCGACGUCUGUCUCACAACUGUCUAAAAACGUAUGAGAACGACUUCUGUCUGUGGCAAGAAGUUUUUUUUAAUAGUUUGAUAGUGCUCAGUGGGUGGAUCUUGGGAUGCAGAAAAAAGGUUGAAAUGUACAAAGGAACAAACUUAAAGCACUCAAACAAAGAGGUGCAGGAGUGAUGUUGAGUUUUGAUUAAAAACAGCUUUGUUUACAUGAAUUGUUCAUUAAACAAUUUUCGAAAAUGUGUGUUGUGUGUGUGUGUGUGUGUGUGUAAGUUACCUGCUGAGGAUGAUUCAUUCUGAUGAAUUACGAACAAGCCAUGUAACCAAUAAAGACUUAAUCAAAAUGCCACGUUACUCCUGCUCCUCUACGUGUGAGUGCCUGAAGUUUGCUCUUAUAUUUAAAAGUGUUGACCUCUGUGGUAUCUGUGAAGAACAGUCAGAUUAUCUCUGAAUUUCAUAGACAACAGCUGACAACGUCUUUGUUUAAAGGCCCUGAAAACAUUUUAUUAUUUACUGUGGACGAUGAGGCCCUACGUUAACACUCUAUGUUCGACCAAAAUGUUGCUCGCUCAUUUUUGACAACCUCCAUUUGGAAAAUUGUGAUGUCAUGGAUUUCUGUGCAGCAAUCGAGAGUUUAGCAACAGUUUGAAUCCAGUUGUGACGAGAGUUAUGUGGCCGGUUUUAUACGGUCUGUGGUACUUAAACGUAAGAAGUCAAGAGGAUCAUCAAACUUACUCUGAUUAAUCCUAAAAAGGAACAUUGUAUAUCUGCACCAAAUUGUGUGGCAAUCCAUCCAAUAGUUGGUCACUUAAAAGCCACAAGUAUCAACCUCAUGGUGGCGCUAGAGGAAAAGUCAAACUCUGGGGACGAUCAACGUCUGUGCAAAAGUUCAUGGCACGUACUAAAGAGUAAUUGAGUGCAUUAGUGAAACAAAAAAGGGACCCACACAAUUAAAAGUACAUAAAAUGUCA